AUGAACCGCUGCAGACGAGGAGACUCCCCCUGCCUCCCCCCCUCCUCCCCCUUCCUUCAGCACACUUCUGAUUGGUCCUACCUGUGCUUCCUCUCACUGCCCAAUUACCCACACGUCUUUGGGGCCCUGUUUCCCGCCGCAGGAGCUGACGGAGACCAGAAACCCGGGGGGAAAACGAACUACAAGUUACUGGACAUCAAGACGAAAAAAGCCAUAACCAUCAAGAAGCAGAUCAAGCCCACAGAGCACCUCUUCAGUGCGAGCAGGUGGGCAGAGGGAGGAGGGGGCUGGGGCCUGGUGUGUUCGUAUGAAGCCUCCUCCUCGUGA